CGCGGGGACGGUCGUCAUGGGAACGGCGGCGGCGGCUCCGCGGGUCCUGCCGCCCUCCCGCGGUGAGAACGGGGCUCGUCUGUCCCGCCCGCCUUCCCUCCCAAAAAAUCCACGGGUGUUGUGGGCCAUGCUGCUGGCAGAGGCCUCGUGUAGGCCAGAACUCCUUAGGGAAUAGGGGGCCUCCCGGCUGGCCGCGGUGGGAAGCGGGACUGCAGCUUCAUCGGACGUGGAGGCACGUGGUGAUUGGUGUAAAGAGGCCUCUGCGGGGGAUGAGCCCGGGAUGCACGAGGUAACAAUGGACAUUACAAGUGGGAGCGCAGAUGACAUUUCAAGGCCUGCAUCUAGCCCAAAACUCAAUUGUGGAUCUUUGAAUACGUCUAUAGAGUUACUAACACCAGAGCCACAUUUGCAAAAGGUUGAUUCACUUGUCAGUGUGGCUUAUGGUUAUCAGAGAGGCAGUCUAGAAGAUUGCUGUCCAGCAGAAAACAAAAGAGAGAAAUCUGAUGUCCAGACAGUAAGAACAGAUCAGCAAACCACAGUGGAGAGUACGACCUUCUCUCUUCAGAAAUGUAUACAGAAUCCCAACGAAUUGUCAGGAUAUAGCUCUAAUUCGGAUUGUGAAGACAUUGAAACAUGGACUUUGAAAUUCUGUGAACCUUUCCAAGGAAAACCAAGUACUGCAAAAUCAGCAAACUUGAAAUGUUCUGAAGACACAGAUGUAGAUCCUCAGAUUCAAGCAGCUAUAAAGAAAAUGAAUAAACUUGACACAAUACUUGAAAAGCGACAUCUUAAGGAGAAAGAAAUUAAAAAACAAGGCAAAGAAAUGAGGGCAGUGCUCUGGGAAGAACUUCAGUCUAUCAGAACCAGAGGAGGCCACGAGGAGAUAGAAAACACAAACCUUUUUUUAGCUUUGUUCUCACCGUGGCAGGAUACAGCUGAUCCCUCCCAUACUAAAGAAAAUGAAAUAUGUACUUCAGUAAUUCACACACAAAUGAAUCCAGAAGAUUAUGAUUGUCAUCAAGCCCAACGAAGCAAGGAUUAUCCAAGUGAAUUAGAAACAGAAUUAGAAAAAACAGCAGAGAAAACACAUAGCAAAAAUAAAAACAACAAGGAUUUCAUUAAAAAGAACAUUGAGGAGAAUGUAUCUGUCUGGCUAACACCAGGAGAAGGGUACACACCUGAACCCACGGAAUUUCAUCUCCUAAAUGAAAUAGACAUUAAGCUUCAAGCACUACUAUCUGAUGGGGAUUUUUCUGCAAUUUCCAGCUCUUUCUCAAAACCUCCAAGCCAGAUUUAUCAGGAGUCUCUGGUUUAUGCCAACAGAAGCCUAGAAACAGUUCCAGGUGAAAAGGUUCUGCGGGACAAUAAGGAAAAACGUGAUCAACAGAAUCGUCUGAAAGAAAUAGAUCAUAAACUGGAAUCUCUAGAGAGAAAUCUUACUGAAGAACAAAUGAGCCUCUCUGAAGAGCAGCUUAAGACCUUUCUGGAAGAAUGUAUGCAGCCUGAGAGAACAAUAAGUAACGUUACCAUGCCAAAGUCUCAGGAAUCUCUUUCUUUUGGAUUAAGUCCCCCUUCUUACACAAGUCAAGACUCCACUCUUCACUCCACAUCUACUCUUUCCAAAAUGUUAGUUGAAGACCAUAUUGUAGGGAUGUUAAUGGCUCAGGAAAAGGCUGGACUCGAAGACAAAAGCUUAUGUGCAGAGAGCGAAAUCCCUGGCUACUAUAUCAGCAAAGCAUUGGCUGUUAGUCACUUAUCAAAGGAUUCACUGGCCCAAACAGAGGAACCUGAUGACCUAGAAGGUUUACAGAAGAUGGGAGAUGAGAGUAUUACUGAAGGUUACUUUAUGUCAAGAGCACUCAACAGAAAAAGAUUGAAGAAACCUUCUUUCUUGGGUGAACCAUUAUAUUGCAUCAGCAUGAACAAUGAGCCAUGCACAGAGGCUGACAUUCUCAGCAUACCACUGCAAACCAAAGGAGAUGCAAGCAUCAGAAGAACAGAGCAAGGGAGGAAGGAAGCGAUCUGCCUCAGAGGAGAGCAGGGUGGCAGUGGUGGUCAUAGGGAACACCACAGAGGACCACCUCUGCCAGCAGCAGUUGGUCUCACGCAGGAGUAACAUGGUUACAUUCUACACCACCAGUCUUCCUUGGCAACCAACAGUGAGAAAAACUCAGUACCUUGCUGCCUUCACAGCUUUAGAUCUUUAGUUAGAGCUUUAGUUAGAUCUUUAGUUCUCCUUUAGUCCAAACUGAUGUAGUACAGUUAGAACCAAGUGUAACACAGACACAGUUACCACCUCUCAUGAGUGUGUUUUAAGAUGGGAUGUGGUAAAUCAAGCAAAACACCAUGCACUGUGACCACUACAUUGUGAAGUGAGCAGGUAACAGUAUACAUAGUCCCUGUGAGGUAGUUAUAUUGCACAAGAGAGGAAGAUUUUCACUAUUAAGUAAAUUUUCAUAUAGGACAUCUCAUAGUAAAAGUCUAUAAGGUGAAUUUAUUAACAUUCAUCACGUAAUAAUUUAAUUAUAUUUGAGUCAAAAUCAUGUGUACCAGAGUAAUGCGAGGGAUAUUUUGAUUGUCUGUUUUCAGUGGUGAUUGAGUAAUGUUCGACUGUGUAGAACUCAGUUCUGUAUGGUUAAUAAACAUCUUGGGUUUAUGAUUGUUUUGCUUACCUUUUUUUUUUUUUUUUUGAGGGGGGGAGUAUUCUGAAUUUUUAGUCUCUGAUUUGUUUUAAUUUUUUUGAUAAAAAAAUAAAAACAAAACCAAGGAGAUAAUUACAGAUAUUGUAAUUUCAUCAGGCUUUGAAUUUUUGUAUUAGUGUCUAAUUUUUUAAAGUGGUGUGAACAGGUAACUUUUAGGCACAAUAAAAGUAAGCGCAAAAAUAAAACCCCCUUCAGAGGUUUGUAACUGCUAAAUAUUUUACAGAUAUCCAUGUUUAAGUUUAAAUUAAUUGUAUUCAGAUGUAUUGUAUUCUGUUAGUAUUAAUGUUAUGAUUAAACAAACAUCCAAAAUUAGCAUUUAAAUAGGCAGCAGUCCAUUCUUAUUAUUUUUGUUAAUGUACUGUUUACAAGUAAAUGUAUAGCAUAAAACAGAAAACCCUGAUACCUUUCCAUGGAAUUAAUUUGUUUCCCACGAAGGUGAUUCAGUUCUGUCUGAAGCAAUUAUUCCUGGCCAUAAGCAAAAGGGUGUGAUGUUUAUCAAAUCUGUAAAGUUGCUUAAUGUAUUCUAUAGAUAAUCUAGUUGUUAGUUCAGACAUGAUUAGAUAUGCUAAUUGUAUUGAGGAAUGGAGAUCCCAGUGGAAUCCAGUUUAAGGCAAAUACAUCUGCAGAUGAAGGUGUGAGAAAUGUCAGGUGUUAUUUUUAUUUUUAUUUUUGAGAGAUAUUUACAUAGCUGAGCUUUGUUAUGGUCAAUUCUAAAGGACAUUUAAAUGCGUAUGCGUAAUCUUUUGUAAGUAGUUUGAUUUUCUUGCUGACUUACACAUGGUUUAAAUUCUCUUUAGUGCUGGGUAAGCAAAAAAACCUGUGUUUGUGUGAAGCUGGUUUAGCACAAUUUUGGUUUUGCAGUCCUUAUGGUACUGUAGUCUGUGAUAUCAAUUUACUGUAAUACAUUAAAUGAUAUUUUAAGAAAAGCAUAAUUAUGAACAUAAUGCAUAUGUAUAUACUUGUGUAUAUAUAUAUCUGAAGGAAACUCUCAUGUGCCUUCAGAGAUAAGUAAUUCCUGUUUCUUGAAAGAAGCAGUAAUCUACAUCUGGCUCAUAUGCAUGUAAACAUAGAUGAUGUUUAAUGAGGGAAACAGAAUCCAGACUUACCCAUAUACAGAUAUAAAAUGGCUGGUAUUUCUCAGUUGUAUGAGCCAAUUAGUAAUUAUUUCCAGCUCUGUUUUGGGGGGCUAUAUUAAGUUUUAAGUAGAAGUUGUAUCACAAACUGUUUUUACUUUUUCAUAUUGCAAAUAAUGUUGUGCUUACAGUGGUUCAGCAUAUUUUUUUCUUUAUUU